UAUUAUGGAGAAGAUUGUGGAAUUCGCUUCUGUACCUUCUAAUGCUCUGUUAAAUUCGAAACCGAUUCUAUGAACGCCAGUGAAGUUCAGGAAGGAAGACCAGGAGGCGACUGUCAACUUGUUCGUGUCAUAUAUUCAGAAGGCGAAUAGUAGGUAUAAGCAAAAGAUGAAGAAGCGGAAAAUUCAGACCCAGAAUUUAAAGGUUAAUCCGAAUAACGAGGUCAUGACUCCACAAAGGCUUAGCAGCAAAUUUAUAGCACAAAACAUUAUUUCUCAUUGCAGUACACCUGGUCUGCCUAGUUUGAAUAGUUCAAAACGGAAAAUUAUAACUAAGAAAUCGAAGUCUCCAAGUAAGGACAAGAUCAUUAAGAAAUCAAAGUUCAAGGUGCUUAAAUAAGAUCCUUAAGAAGAACGCAAGGAAUCGAAACCAGAGACUCUUGCAGCCUCAGAAAUCCUCUGAGAUCUCCUUAAAAAUGAAACGAGCGAUUAUUGAAAAUAAUAAGAAAAGGUUUGCUGCUACAAGGAAUUCUUCUCACUAUAAGCAUAUGAGGACUUGUUCAAUGUCUUCAGUGUCCUCAUCAGGGCAUAAUUGUAAUCUUUACAGUUUUCAGCCUAAUUAUCCAAAGUCAAAUUACUGAGACACUCUCGCUGAGAUUUUGAAAAAGAGAAGUAAUCAAAGAAUCCUCCAGAGAAGAAAUAAUUGGUCUGAGGUUGGCUUAAUGCCAAAAUAUGGCUAAAUUUGGUACAAAUUACAAAGUACUAUAAAAUCUCUAUUAUUGUGGCUCAUGAAUCUGGAAGGUAGCUUGUAGACUUUUUCUUUAGCAUGGAAGAGAAAUGAUAAGUGGAAGAUAAUGACUCCACGAAAGAGAAAAGGUAGACAGCUACCGUUCAGAUUCAUGAAUCACAAUACUCCCCUUAAGAAUCUCCCUUAAAGAAAAAUCAACCAAGGAAAAUUUUGGCUCUU